AUGACAAAUAGCUCGGCCUUCACUUCAAGCGACAACGAUCAGUACCCUACGGCAGUAGACCAGAUGCACAUCAAGCCUUUCUAUGAAAUGCUUUGGUCUUCCAGUGAUAACAUCGAGCUUGAGGCUCCUGCAAAUGAUCCUUUUGUUGAUAUUGAUGCUUUUGAUUCGAUUGAAAUGGGACGUCCAGGACUGUUUGUAAAGAAAGGAAAGUUCAGAGAGAAGGGGAUGUGGACGUCUCUGCAUGCGACUCAGAAUCAAAAUAGAGUUUCUUCUGCACCCAUUGUGAGAAGGCAUCUUAUUGAUUUCUGGAAGGACUUCAGCAAUGGUGAGGUGUUCUCACUUCCUACACUUGGACCUGGAAAAAGCGAUAGUAUCCAGAGGAUUUCUGUCGAUGUUACCAAGCAGGUUAUUGAAGGAAUGUAUAACAUCGACUACCUGGUCAUCGACUGUAGGUUCCCAUAUGAAUAUCAAGGAGGACACAUAAUGAAUGCAGUAAACAUAAGCUCUACCAGGGAGCUAGGCCUUCUCUUCAGGAAGCCAAAGGCCUUGAUCUUCCAUUGUGAGUUUUCAUCCAUCAGGGCGCCAAGGCUUGCACAGCACCUCCGGAACAUGGAUAGAAUGAAGAACCCAUAUCCGCUUCUGACCAUUCCUGAAGUGUAUGUGAUGGAGGGUGGAUAUAGGAAGUUUUACAGCAAGUAUCCUGGGCUAUGCGACCCAAAAGGAUAUGUGGCCAUGGACAGCCUUGACUAUAGAGAUUUGUAUAAAAGAAACAAAUUUAGAUCAAAUAAACGAUACUAG